CUUCGUAUGAUCUUCACGCGCGGGUUGCGUUUGCGGCAGUCUGUGCCUCGCGCUGUUUGGUGUAUCUUCUGCAUGUUUAUCCUAAUGAGCAAACUUGGUUACAAUGUCAAGAAUCUGCAAAUUGUCUAUAAGAGGCAUAAGAAAUUUUGAUGAUGAACAUGAAGGUCCGACUAUCCAUUUCUCACGACCCCUAACUUUAAUUUUGGGCCCAAAUGGAACAGGCAAAACAACAAUCAUAGAAUGCCUUCGAUAUGUUUUGAGUGGAGAAUUUCCACCAGGUUCCGAAAAGGGCAAAUCAUUUGUUCACGAUCCAAUGCUGAAAAGAUUGGCUGCUAUCGCUGUACGAGGAAAUGUGAAAGCAGAAAUAGCAGAUGUUCGUGGUGAUCGUUUGAUCAUAAGCAGAACUGUGGAAGCUCAGCGUGUCAAUCAGACAGUCAAAUUCAAGACUCUUGACAAUGCCAUUGUGAGAAUCAACAGGAGAACGAAAGAGAAAACCCAAUUGACGGGAACGUGUGCGGCUGUGGACGUUGAAGUGCUGUCAUCGAUCGGAGUUUCAAAGGCAAUUUUGAAUUACGUACUGUUCUGUCAUCAGGACGAUUCGAAUUGGCCUUUUGAAGAUGGAAAAAGAUUGAAAGAACGAUUCGACCAAAUUUUUGAUACCUCUCGAUACAACAAAGCUCUUGAUGUAUUGAGAAAAAUAAUCAAAGACAAACAAACUCAAGCAAAAAUACUGACUGCUGAACAACGUGGCUUAUUGAUGAUUGUCGAUGAAGUUAAAUCCAAAAAGCGCAAAUUGAAGGAUUUCGAAACACGAAAGAAUGAAGUAGCCAAAAAAAUCAACGCGUUAACGAGUAAACUCAAGCCGAUCAAUCAACGACUCGCUGAGAUCAAAGAAAUAGAAACGGAAUAUUGCAAAUGGCAGAUCGAAGAGGAAAAAAAGAAAAUGGAGUACAAACUUUUGUGCCACCAAAUAAGAUCUCUGAGAGAAGAGAUUAAGGAACUUUACGAAGGCACGACUUCGAAGUUGAAGAAUGAAAUUUCUUCUUACGAGGCAAUACUUUCCGAAAAGAACAAUCAAAUCGAUGAGCUCGAACGAGAUUUACGAGAGCGGGCAGCGCAAGAGGCAAGAUUUUCCGCUCUCAUGGACGAAAAGAGAGUCGCUAUGGGCACAUUGAGACAACAAAUGCGUGAUCAAAUCAACAAAAUUUCUCAGCGUAAUGGUAUCCUAAAAAACAUGAUUAUGGCGUGGGGCUUGAACGGAGACAUAGAAUCUGAUAUUUCGGAACAAGAUGCUUCCGAAUGGGUUAGGAAAUUCGAGCAGGCAUUGCGUAAAUUUGAGAAAGAGAUUGAAGUAAAAAGAGCUGAGCAGGAAGAAGAAUUGGACAUUUUACAACGAAAAUCAAAUACGCAGCGUGCAAAGCGAACGACGACGGAAUCGCAAUUGGCCAGUAGCAGACGUGAAUUGCAUUCAACAGAAACCGAAAUUCGUGCGAAUUCUGCUUUGCUUAAGAAGUCAGGUGCGAUGGAACAAAAAUUGAACGAGGUGGACAGAAAACUAGCAGUGGCGAACAGUAAAUUCGAGGAAUUCAAUGAAAAAUCGGAAGUCGAUGACCUCAAACGAAAAAUGCAAGCAGCUACGGAAAAGGAAGAAAAGUAUGAGCGUGAAUGCAAUAGUAUUGAGAAAGAAAUAAUUGUACUGCGAGAACAGAGCGCUCUGCAGAUGAAAUUGGAGUCUUGUAACACCGAGCUAAUGGAAAAAGAGAAACAAAUUGAAGUUUUGCGGAAUAAACACGAAGCGACGUUGAAAAUUUUGCUCGGAAAAACGGACUUUCCUGCUGGAGGCAUGAUGGACACUAUCAAUGAAAUUCAAAUAGUUUUGAACGAUCGGAUAAAAAAUCUCAAGAAAGAAAUCGAUAGUGUGAGAUGCGAGGCUGCAAAACUUGAAGCUUCCGUAAAACAUAAGAGGGAAGAAUUGGAAAAGAAGAAAGUUGAAAUUCAACGCGACAAAGAAAGAGUCUCGUCGCAGUGUGGCGAAUAUGAAAAUUACCGUGAGACCCUUUUAUUGAAUUCGAAACGGUUGAAGGACAUCGAAGACAAAAGAGGAAUGUACGCUUACCAGGGAGCUGCUUACAAAGAGUAUAUUAAAAAAUUGAACGAACCAAAUGCCUGUUGUCCUGUGUGUCGUCGCGGUUUCGAGAGUCAAGAGAACUCGAAACAGCUUGCUAAAGACAUGACCAGCGAAAUGGCUGGACAUCCGGAACGCUUGAAAAAAUGUGAAAAAGAAUUGGCCGCCGCUCGUAAAAAAUAUGAUUUGCUGUUACAACUGCAACCCAUCGUCGAAGGAGUUGAGCAUUUUGAGGAGAUCGAAAUGACUAAAAUGAAAACGGAAGUGGAGGAAACUUCGAAACGCCUGAGUGCAGCGAAUAAAAAAAUCAAGCAGCUGCAGGAAUCUGUUUUAGAGCCUGAGAGGCAAUUAUCCACAUGUAAAGACAUGAUCGGUGAUAUGGCGGUGUGGGAUCGUUAUGCAAAUGAAAUCGAUUCCCAUCGUUUUUCAGUCAUUGAAAUUCAGGAUAGCUUACGGGAGGCAGGCUUGAAGAGCGACAAAACAAUUCAAGAGGCCGAAGCUGAACAGGGCCGUUUGCACCAACUGUUAAAAGAUGUACGUCGAGAAAUAAAGAACUUGCAGUGCACUUUGAAUUCUCGUAACGAAGAACUUCGCCGAAUUACGGAAAAUCGAACCAAGUUGUUGGAAGAGCAGUUACGAAUACAUCAGGAACUGCAGGAAAUAAAACAGGCGAAGGAAAAAUUGGAACAGCUGCAUUCGAAGGAAAUUUCGCUCAAAGAAACCGUUUCGAAUUUUGAAGAUCAAUUGAUCCAGAUUGGUAAUGAAUACGAAGCUGCGAAUCAAGCUUUCGAACAGGCCAAGAAAAAAAUUCGGUCCAUUCAGGACUGCGACAGAGAAAAGUUGCGGGACCGAAGUAAAGAAUUCGACCGACUGAAUGCAAUGCAGGUGGAGGUGACGAACAUUCUGUCUCGUAAAAUCGACGAUCAAUUGAAAUCGGUCGAGGAAAAAUUGGAGAGCACUGAAAGACUAGCGAAUACUCACAAAUCUGAGAAAAUUGCUCGGGAAAAGAAAUUGGCCAAAAUGAAAGAGGAUAUUAUCGCCCAUGCUACGAAAAAAAGGGAUCUUACAGACAAUUACGCGAUGCGACAAAAAGAGAUCGAUGCUGAACAUUUAAAAACCGAAUGUGAUCGUUUGAGAGAGAAACUUGUUGGAAUUAACCAUGAAACAAUCGCCAGAGAGCGAAAAACUCUCUGUGAGCGACGUGACAUUACUGAACGUGAGAAAAAUAUGGCUGAAGGUAAUGAAGAAGAGUUGGAAAGAAAUAUUGCGCACUUGACCCUAGAAUUGGAGAAAAAUGAAUAUCGUUUAGCGUAUACCAACUAUAAAAGCAAAUGCGUGGAGCUGGUGGCGACCAAUUUAUGCGUAAAAGAUUUAACCACGUAUUGCAAAGUAUUGGACAAGGCGAUGAUCGAGUAUCACGAGGAACGAAUGGCAACAGUCAACAAGAGCAUGAAAAAAUUGUGGGAUUUAAUAUACACUGGUACCGAUACCAGCUCCAUCCAAAUCCGUACCGAAGCCACAACCAUGGCUAACAAGAGAUCGUUUAAUUACAAAUUCAUCCAAAUAAAGCACGGUGUCGAAAUGGACAUGAAAGGUCGUUGCAGUGCAGGACAAAAGGUUCUUUCAUCGAUUAUUCUUCGACUAGCAUUAGCUGAAACUUUUUGUGAAAAGUGUGGAGUUUUGGCACUGGACGAACCGACUACGAAUUUAGACGAAGAGAAUUCUAAGAGUUUGGCAGAUGCUCUUCACAGCUAUGUGAACCGUCGCGCAAAGUUCCAGAAAAAUUUCCAACUCAUCGUCAUCACUCAUGAUGACAAUUUCAUACCGAAAUUAGGACAGCUCAGCAAAAAUAAUUCCUUCUAUCAACUUUACAGAUAUGAAAACGGUAUGUCGGGCAUCAAAUGCGUUUCGAUGGAUGGUCCUUCAGGAAUUUCACGGAAUCCCAGAAGAGAAUCCUCCGAGGAUGAAGACGAAAACGAAAGAGGAAGAAGUAGAGAGGAAAGAUCGAAACGAGGCCCUUCGAAUUCGAUCGAAAGACCUGAUAGAAAACGUGCUCGAAAAAGACCAAUUUUCGAAUAAGGUCCGAAUUAUUGCAAAGUUUUGCACUUUGAAUGUUGAAAUUUUCUUUUUUCUUUUUUUUUUAUUUCCGUUCUAAAGUAUCGUAUAUAUUCAAAUAAAAAUUUGCAAGUAAUGUUUUUUAUCAAAGAUGGCCUUUUUCCGCCAUCGUUCGUCGAUCACUUUUAUCAGAAUAGGCUGGUAUGGGCAUCUCGUUUAAUUUACUUCCACGAAACAUCAGUUUAUUGGAUUGUACAAAAGAAGAAAUUGGUAUGAUAAAAAAUUGCCGUAUUUUUCUUCGUACUGUGCCUCACGAUGUAAAUAAAUUUAAUUUUUCUUA